AGAAUGACUUUUGGUUUACUAUGACCUUAAUCUAUUUUCCGUUCACUUCCCCCUUCACAGUCAACUACUGAAUGUACUGUUCAUCACAAUUGUUCUGGUUCCUCAGUUCUACGUGAUGGGAAGGCCCAAAUCCUCAAGAUACUGCAGGCAGCCCCUUCUGAACAACCUGUCAGCCUCAGUUGCUUUGUCCUUGAUGGCUUCAGGUUUUGCAGUGAUAUUCACACUGACAGACCCAGUUCAUCAGAGCUUGUGGGCUGCCUACCAUGUGUUUGGUCUACUGUCUUGUGGCCAAGGUUUGUGCACUACUAUCCUGACUCUGACAGCAGCAGCAUGUGCCAAAACCACCCCUGAGCUGUACUACAUGUCCCUUGUCCUAACAGUGGUCUCUGCUAUCAGUACAGGUUUUUUCAUGGUCAGAGGAGGACUGUGGCUAACCAACAGGCACUCUGUGACAGAUCCAAGCAGAAACAAUGAGUUAUAAAACACUCCAGCUGUCCCACAAUGAUAUGUGACACUACACAUGUAAAGAAUUCAUGAGGGCUCCUUGCCACCAGCAGCUUGUAAUUUUAAACCAGGAGAAAGAAAAAGGGAAAGUGAGUUAAUCCAGCUCACAUUUUUUUAAUGCACACUUCAGAAAAGCAGCUGUCGAUUUUCCUUUUGCACUGAGGAAAUGUAUUUCAUGUAACAAUUUAUUACUAAAAAAAACAAUAUUUCAUACAGUAGAUUUGACAUGAUUACAAGCAAUGGUGUGAAUGUAAAUUCUGAACUGGAUUUUUAUCUUAUUACUGAAGCUACAAUAAAGAAAUUCUAGCAUGAAAACUAAAAUUACAUUUGUUGAUUUAAAGCUAAAGUGGUCAGGAACCCUUCUAAAUGUUUUAAUAUAAAGUAACUGUAAGAAUUACUUUCAUAUAAAAAAAAAAAAAAAAGACAAGUGCAACUCCCAGCUUUUUAAAAUUUUCUUAUUAUAGACUGUAUUGACAGACUCCCAAACAUCAUUUCAUAUGUUACAUAUGCAUUCAAUACAAAUCACUUUGUAAAAUUCUCAAAUAUAAAGCAGGAGGAAAGAUAUAAAAGUAUGAAGAAGAAAUCAAAUCACUUCAAAAAUGCAGUGAUGCAGAGGAAAUCAGACUAAACUGCUGUGGCUUACUACAACAGAAAAUCUGUGUUGCAUCAUAUGAAAUACAAUAAUGUAUAAUGUUGAUUUACACUUGCCUUCAACCACAGUGUUUAACAAUUUCUUUCUGGACCACCGCCCAAUGAAAGACUUAGAUCACUGAUGCCCUUAAUUAACGGUAUCUGUAAUUAACACAGUCAUUUUUUUAUGUUUCCUGCAAUGUUAACACACCAGUAUUCACAAGCUCUUUAAUCAAAAUGUUUUUAAUGCUAAAUAUUAAAUUAACGGAUGCAUU